AAACGUCGCCUAGAUGCUGCUGCACCCUUCAGACUGCUUUUAAAUAUAUAUUGUUAUCGGACUUUGCAUUUCGGAAAAGUUCCAGCUGAGAGGACGUCAGCAAAAUUCUGAAAAUAUUACUAAGAAAUAGGUGCAGGAGGAGGCCAUUCGGCCCUUCGAGUCAGCACAGCUGGGGAAGUAUUGGAAUAUUGGGGGUGAAAUGACUUCAGGAUAGUUUGUUAUGAAGGAAAUGCUAACAGAAUACUUAUACAGCUGAGUGAGUAUAAUUUUAUGGAUGAGAAAUUAUGUUCAACCAAUUAAUGACUUAUUUGACAAAGUAACUAGCAUGUUAGAUAACAAAGAAGCCAAUGGAUGUAGCAUGUAUUUGGUGUGUGAAGUGCCCCAUAAAAGAUUGCUGCAUUAGAUAAGCACCUGUGGACUUGAAUGUAAUAGGUUAAGUCCAGGGUGUCAGGUAUAUUAUCAGUGCAGAGAGGCUAGGGGCAAGGCCAAAUGUGCAUCCAGAGUCAAGGUCUGGAAUAGUACUAGGUGUGCAGUCAAAGCUGGGACAAUGGGAGUGUCCAGCACUGGGAACCUAAGCAGGUAAGCAGCUAUGAUCAGGGUAGAAUAGGGGCCCAGGUGCAAGGCUGGACUCGUGGUCAGGAAUGAGAGAAGGUGUGCAACUGGAGUAGGGUCAGGAGUAGUACCAUGUGGGCAGUGAGACCAAGGUUGGUCAACGUGGGCUAAGUGCUUGAUUAUAAUCUGAUUUCCAUACAUGAAUACACUAAGAUCACUCGUGUGCUGCACCUGUUGAUCAGAGCCUGGCUCUAUUGUGGAAUGUAAUUUAGCCUAACCUUAUUCAUAACUAAUCCAAUUUAAAGCAUAAAUGUUGCAUUCAAGUGUAAGUUAACAGACUCGCUACAGUAUGCACCAGAUUGCACAAUUUCAAGCUGAAAAAUGCAAAUGUUCCAUACCAUGGGAGGGGGGACCCACCACCCCCCUCGGUCUCUCGCAAUUUCUCACCCCCAACUCUUACCCAAUGUACUCCCCCUAGUACCAGCACCUAUACCACUACAUCUAGUACUACUACCCCAAAUACUACCACCAAUAGUACUGCUACCACUAGUGCUACCACUAGUACUACCACCAAUAGUACUACUACCCCUAGUACUAGCACCAAUAGUACUGCUACCCCUAGUACUACCACCAAUAGUACUACUGCCCCUAGUACUAUCACCAAUAACCAAUAGCACCAGCACCAAUACAUCUAGUACUACUACCCCAUGUACCACAUCUAGUUCUACUACCCCUAGUACUAGCACCAAUACCACUACAUCUAGUACUACUACCCCUAACCACACCAAUACCACUACAUCUAGUACUACUAGCACCAAUAGUACUGCUACCACUAGUACUACCUAUAGUACUACUACCCCUAGUACUAGCACCAAUAGUACUACCACCCCUAGUACUUCCACCAAUAGUACUACCACCCCUAGUACUUCCACCAAUAGUACUGCAACCCCUAGAACUACCAAUAGUACUACUACCCCUAGUGCCAGCACCAAUAGUACUGCUACCGCUAGUACUAGCACCAAUAGUACUACCACCCCUAGUACUUCCACCAAUAGUACUGCGACCCUAGAACUACAAAUAGUACUACUACCCCUAGUACCAGCACCAAUACCACUGCAUCUAGUACUACCACCCCUAGAACUACCAAUAGUACUACUGCCCCUAGUAUUAGCACCAAUACCACUGCAUCUAGUACUACUACCACCCCUAGAACUACCAACAGUACUACUGCCCCUAGUACUAGCACCAAUACCACUGCAUCUAGUACUACCACCCCUAGAACUACCAACAGUACUACUGCCCCUAGUACUAGCACCAAUACCACUACCCCUUGUACUAGCACCAAUACCACUACCUGUAGUACUAGCACCAAUACCACUACCCCUAGUACUAGCACCAAUACCACUACCCCUAGUACUAGCACCAAUACCUACUAGCACCAAUACCACUACUACCCCUAGUACUAGCACCAAUACCACCACUACCCCUAGUACUAGCACCAAUAAUACUACUACCCCUAGUACUAUCACCAAUACCACUACCUGUAGUACUAGCACCAAUACUACUACCCCUAGUACUAUCACCAAUACCACUACCCCUAGUACUAUCACCAAUAAUACUACUACCCCUAGUACUAUCACCAAUACCACUACCUGUAGUACUAGCACCAAUACUACUACCCCUAGUACUAUCACCAAUACCACUACCCCUAGUAGUAUCACCAAUAAUACUACUACCCCUAGUACUAGCACCAAUACCACUACCCCUAGUACUAGCACCAAUACCACUACCCCUAGUACCAGCACCAAUACCACUACCCGUAGUACUAGCACCAAUACCACUACCCCUAGUACUAGCACCAAUACCACUACCUCUAGUACUACCACCAAUACCACUACCCCUAACGGAAUAGGUGACAUUUCGGGUCGAGUCCCAUCAGAGUUUGAGGAGCUUCCUUGGAUUUUAAUCGUUCUGGGAACUAGCAUAGGUAUGAUGGGCUGA